AUGAGUGUUGUGCUCUACCGGUUAGGGGGCACACACGUUGCAGAGUUUGCACAUGCAGCACUCAGCAUGCCAGGGAUAGCAACAACCCGACGACACUGCACAACCUCAAUCCAUGCUUCUCCUGCCUUCCCAACCCUUGAUGAAAUGAGAUCAAACAUCGCAACGGCAUUUCAAAUUGAUGCCCCUUCCAAUAAUCAAGUUGUCAGCCUUGUUUGUAUGAUAGUUGAGAUUAAGGUAGAAGAGGUGUUGGACUGGUGCCUGCACACCAACAGUGUGAUUGGCCUUUGUCGAGAGCAUUCAGGGUGUAAUGCACAUGCAAUCAAUAACAUCGAUGAUGUGCAUACACUGUUUGAUGACUUGGCAAACAGAAAAGUGCAUUUCGGCAUGGAGGCUACAGUUGCCGCAAUUGGAGCUCUCACUGGGAAUCAUCGCCAAUACAUCGCACGGCCAUUUCUAAUCAGUGCAACAUGCAAAAAUGAGAAAGCUGACAAACAUGCUGAUCUCCUCCGCCUAGCAUGCAGUGCCUGCAACCAAAUGAGUAAGGAGACCAAGGGGAGUGUAUAUUGCCUUGCCUCAGAUGGUGAAUCAAGGCGAGGAAAGGCACUUGUAGCCUUAAUGGAGCACACACCACUAUCUCCAACAUCCCGCUUAUAUGCUUACCUGGGUGGGCUACCGCUGCUAAACCUACUGGUUGGAGAGGACGAGUUAACAUCUGACAAAGACUACAAGCAUGUUAUGAAAAGACUUCGACACACUCACCUGAGGCCCAGCGGUGUUUCAGUUGGUGGUGUUCAGAUUACACCCUCGGUCCUGCAGUCCCACCUAGAAGGCAACAAAUACCCCUCAAGCCAAAUCAACAACCUGAUGAAUGUCACAGAUAAACAAGACAUCACUACAAUGUUUAACCUAAUGCUACUUAUCUGGAAGUUACCACCACCACUCACCACGGACAAUCCCAUAUACUACAAAACUCAUGUCACCCUCAAUCAACACUCAAAGCUUGUCAAAUAUCUAAUCCUACCCUACAUAAAUGUUGACAUGAGCCUUCAUGAUCAACUUAAGUCUCUUAGUGCAGUGGCACACCUGGCAUACAUAUUCUUUACCGAUCAUAAUGCACACUUGGCUUACCUCCCAUCACCCCUUUACCGUGAUAUCCAAAUCAUGGUCAAGAACGUGUUCUUUUGCGUGGCAAAGAUGAAGUGUGACAAUCCCAAUGGCGAGUUCUUCUUGAUCCUGUUGGGCAUGGAUAGGCUGGAAUGGAUUUUUGUCCUUAUCAGAUCUCAAAAUGGGAGGGCCAUCGAAUGCCACUCAAUCCUCUCCCAACACCCAGAAUGGGACCGGGGCCCUCGUCGGCUAAGGCUCCAGGGUUUAAGCGCCACAACAGGGAUAGAGCAAAAAAUCGAUCACCUCAAUCUGGCAUUGUGGAAGGGAGACAUGCAAGUCUCUGGCAUACAACUGAUGUCUGCAUGGAGAUCUGGCCGGCAUGAGGUAGAAAAUGAUCCAGAACUCACGGCUUUCAGUCCUGCAGAAAAGUUCGGCAAGCUUGAGUCGACCCCGGGUGCUGAUCUGCUAAACCCCUUCGGGAUGGAAGUAUGUGAAGAUGGUGAAAAUGAAGAAACGUACAAUGAAACUCCCCAGCAACCCAACCCAGAUUCCACCAUUCCCAUUGUACCCGACUCGCUGGAACUUGAGGAACUUGUUGACAACGAGGACAUGUGGAAAAAUGGGCUCGAAAGUACAAUUGAUGUGGGGAAUGGGAAGCAUGUACACAAGGCAAAGGUUCUGCAUGAAUUCACAAGGUUCACAAGAACAUCAAACUCGACUGACCAAUUGAGACGUGUCGCCAAUAUUUCCCGCUUUGCCCAAAUCCCUGCCACGCCACAUCAUCACAUUGGUGAUGGUUCUAUCAUGGAGACCGAAUGCAUCUUGAUCCAAGAUCCAGUAGCCACGCUUCUGAGAUGCGAGGGAAUCCCAUUUCUGGGUGUUGCCCAAGUUAGUUCCAUCAAAGUUGAUAAGAGUUCCCAAAGUGGAGUAUCAAAAGACUUACUCAACAAAGAAACAGUCACCAUCGGUCUCCAAAUCCUCUGCUUGAAGUCGCAAAACAUAAUUCUGUCAAAUGGGAAGGAUGGUGAUUGGGUCUGGCAGCAUGGACGAGAUGCAAGCAUCGUGGUUCCCAGCAAGUUCAUCCAGCAAAUCAAUCCUGAUGUUGUUACUGUUGAAGAAGAGAGUGCUGUGAUCAGAGCAGGAAUCAGAAGAGACGGUGGCUUGAGGAAGGCUGUAGAAUAUGGGUUUCGAAGUGAUGAGCUGCGAGAGUUAGCAGCAGUGAUGUUUGGGGCACUCUCGCUGGAUGAUUGA